CAGUUGAAUCAUGCCUGAGACCACCGUGAAAGCGCCCAAGAAGGGCUCCAAGAAAGCCGUGUCUAAGAGCGUCAGCAAGUCCGGCAAGAAGAGGAGAAGGACUAGGAAGGAGAGCUACGCCAUCUACGUGUACAAGGUGCUGAAGCAGGUCCACCCCGACACCGGCAUCUCCUCCAAGGCCAUGGGCAUCAUGAACUCGUUUGUCAGCGACAUCUUUGAGCGCAUCGCCGGUGAGGCCUCCCGUCUGGCUCACUACAACAAACGCUCCACCAUCACGUCCAGGGAGAUCCAGACCGCCGUCCGCCUGCUGCUGCCCGGGGAGCUGGCCAAGCACGCCGUGUCUGAGGGCACCAAGGCCGUCACCAAGUACACCAGCUCCAAGUAGACUGCUGCUGCUCCACCAGCUACAACACAAAGGCUCUUUUAAGAGCCACACACUGCAUCUAGAGGAGUUCCCCUGUUCUCAUUCUUCUAGUAGGCCUACAAUUGUCGGUUUUAAUCAACACUUAAUAACAAACUGUAAAUGCAAAAUAAGCUGUUGUAUUAUGUGGACGUUGUCUCCUAUUGCUGCAGCGUAGUGAAAUACUACGAAAAUGAAAACCUUUCCCUGUGCAUAAAUGUAUUAAAUCAUUUAUGAUCAAUACAAAUGCAAUGUAAGUAUAUUGUGAGACACUGGCUAUCAUUGCCACAGUAUGGGAGUAGUUGAAUAACAAAACUCAAAUUGUAGCCUAAUAAAGCACCUUAGUCCAGUCAUUUCUGGUGUAUUUUUAACAAUUACUGUUUAAACUAUUCUAAAUUUGUAAGUGUGCAUUAAGUGAUUGAAACAGAUGACGGUGAUAAUUGACCUAUAUUUUCGUUAAGGAAAGUUAUCUAGUGUGAAAUAAGGUAGCUCUGUUACACAUCCUGCUAUGACCAACGCCACUUUAGUAGUUUACUCGAUUUCCAUUAUUUUAAAAUUAAAAAUGACUCAAAGCUAUGAUCCCUAAUUAAACUUCAUUGUUAUCUAUCACUGAGGGACAUUUUAGACUUUGGUGUUUAGAAAUAGCAAAUAUGGCAUAAAUGAGAUGGAAAAACCUCUGCUAAAUACAAGAGGAUAAUGGACUUCAAAAGCACAUGUUGCAACAAAAUUACUAAAUGUCUCUUGGCUGGCUUUAUUGUGAUGUGUCUAUAAGUAUGUCCUUUGUCAAUUAAUGUCACCUGAAAUACAAAUAGUAUCUUUAAAUAAAU